AUGGAACACCCAGAAUUUUCAUGGAGAGCCAACUCCACUCAGAUUGCGAGGGAUUCCUCUGGCUUACCACUUUUCCAUAGUAGAAGAGCUCUCCCCUUGGCUCCAUCGGCAUUUGAAGCUAGUUCAUACUCGCUGGGAUGGGCAGUUAGUGCGCUUCUUGAUCUUCGUGUUAAGAGAGUGAUCCUUGAGAUCUCUUCGCCACAGACUCUAGAUGCUUUCAUGAACCCUCAGUCCUACCCUAAUGCAGCUCUCGUAAUCUCACAUAUUUUACGCUCCAUGCACUCCUUUGAUCAGUGUCAGUUGCUGGAUGUUUCGCUUGGAGUCAACUCUUUGGCUGUGGAAAUUGCUACGAGUGUAACAAAGGAUCGCCGACUUCAAUCCUAUGUUGCGAAGGGUGGUCCACUUUGGUUAUCUUCUCUUCUACUAUCGGAAGCUAGGAACGACAACCUUUCCUGA